AUGUACUUCGCAACAGCAACAGCAACCCUCCUAGCUCUCACCCACACCAUCUGCAACGCCCAAGAUGUCACAGUCCCCGCAACCUGCAUCGACGGCUACCAGCCCGGCACUGACACCGCCCUGGUAACCAUCCCCUACACAUACGACCAAACCAUGUCCAUCAUCGGCUCCUACAAGAACCUAACCUGGUCCGGCAACCCAGACAACACCGUCACCCUGAACGGCACCGACAACACUGUCGGCACAGCACGCACAUACGACCUCGCGGGUGCCCACGUCAUCGAAACAAUCCUCGAGUAUUCCAAACCUCCUGCUCCAGGUCCGUACGUUGAGGUUCACAACACCGCGAACCUCUCCGUACCGGCGUACAAUGUUAGUUUGUACAUCCAGUACGACGGCACCGUAGUGAGUAGCGUAUGCAAUGGGAUGGCGAGUAUGUUCAACUUCACGGCGCGUUUCUGCGGCACGAAUGCCACGCUCGUGGCUGGGUUGUUGCAUGAACUGCACAGUAAUGAUGCAUUGACCGUGGGCAAGUUUUUGGGCGGGCAGAAUUUCACAGAUUGUGCGGCGUUGGCGAUGAUGAAUGGUGGGCCGAUGAUGAAUGCUACGGGGACAAUGAUCGCGCCGAUGCCGCCGGCGGCGACGUAUACGGGUGGCGCUGCGAAGUUGGGGUGGUCUGUUGCUGGCGUGCUUGUCGGUGUGGUUGGGAUUCUGGGUUGA